CAGCUUCAUCAAGCACGACAACAAAUCUUCUAGAUUUCACUGUAAAAGUCCGUAAUUGAAACUGAAAAAUUGACGAAAAUGGAUGCAAUUCUCCCAAUCAUCGCUUUCUCGGUGAUCGUCGGUGCUCUGAUCGCAUUCCUUGCAUUCGGUGCCUACUUCGGGAAGAGAAAAUCAGAAACCCAAUCCAUCACCCGACCCGAAACUCUCAACCCGAACCCGAAGCCCGCUUCGAAGCCAUCGGCUGCCAAGAAGCCCCAUCACAAAUCUCAUGCAGCUGAUAAAGAUGCUAACAAGAAGCACCAUCAUCUGGAUUUGAAUACAUUGAAAGGGCACGGCGAUGCUGUCACCGGUCUUUGUUUUUCGAGCGAUGCACGCAGCUUAGCAACUGCUUGUGGAGAUGGUAUAAUCAGGGUUUUCAAGUUGGAUGAUGCAUCAAGCAAGAGUUUCAAGUUUCUGAGAAUUAACUUACCUGCUGGAGGUCAUCCCACGGCCCUUGCUAUUGCCGAUGAUGCGUCAUCUGUUGUAGUGGCUUCCCAAACACUCUCAGGUUCAUCUCUAUACAUGUAUGGAGAAGAAAAACCUAAAGCAGAUGCUGAUCAGAAGAGCAAACUCCCUCUCCCUGAAAUCAAAUGGGAACAUCAUAAAGUUCACGAUAAGAAGGAAAUCAUAACUCUUGUCGGAACCAAGGCAACUUACGGCAGCGCUGAUGGCAGUACAAUUAUUUUGUCGUGCUCUGAAGGCACUGAUAUUAUCCUCUGGCAUGGAAAAUCUGGGAAGAUGUUGGGUAACGUUGACACGAAUCAACUGAAAAAUACAAUGGCCAGCGUAUCUCCAAAUGGUCGUUUCAUUGCAGCAGCUGCUUUUACUGCUGAUGUGAAGGUCUGGGAAAUUGUGUACUCAAAAGAUGGCUCGGUGAAGGAGAUUGUGAAAGCUAUGCAACUCAAGGGUCACAAGAGUGCUGUAACAUGGCUAUGCUUUACUCCAAAUUCGGAGCAGAUUAUCACAGCCUCAAAGGAUGGUUCAAUAAGAAUAUGGAAUAUCAACGUUCGAUACCACCUAGAUGAAGAUCCCAAGACUUUGAAAGUGUUCCCAAUUCCACUAAAAGACGCAAAAGGCACUUCUUUACAUUAUGACCGUCUCAGUUUAUCUCCCGAUGGAAAGAUACUGGCGGCAACUCACGGUACAACACUGCAAUGGCUCUGUGCUGAGACAGGGCAGGUUUUGGACACCGCUGAAAAAGCGCAUGACGGUGAAAUCACGGACAUGAAAUGGGCACCUACAACCAUUCCGAUGGAAAACAAGCGGGUAGUUGUUUUAGCCACGUCGAGCACCGACAAGAAAGUGAAAAUGUGGGCAGCCCCAGAUAAGGCUUAAAAGUCGAUAGUUUUCUGGAUGGAAAAGAAGCUGAAACUUCACAGGCUUAAUUAAACCUCGUUCGCCUUUGUCUUCACUAGAAUUAAUUAGGCAAUGAUGUGCUUGGAAAACUGGUUAUGUUGAAAAGUUCGAAAGAUGAUGAGGUGGUUUUCUUCGGUUGAGGUUUUUUUUUCUUCUUUUUUCGUUUUGCCCACACAGAAGGCAGAGAUAGUUAUUCGGUUACUUUUAACGAAAUUUUGGUUACUCCGAGUCACACUAUCUAAUGUUUUACACUGAAAUGAGGAUAUCUUUUUUUUUUUUUUCUAAAUAUACAAAUUGGAAUCUGCUGAAUAUAAGAUUUGAUUUGAUGCAUGGGACUGGUUUUUGGACUGUUAUCAUAUGAUGUUUAAUUGA